AUGGUGUUUCUCAGUCGUACACUCCUCGCAGCCUUUGGGUUUGCUACAGCAGUUCUAGGUCACGGGUACGUGACCACGUUCACCACUGACGGGAAAUCGAACCAAGGCUUUCUCUUGGACUACUAUUACCAAAAGGUGAAUACCGGAUCUUUUCCGGACAUCGCAGCAUGGUAUGCGGAGAACUUGGAUAGCGGCUUCGUAGCACCCGAUGCAUACGGUACAUCCGAUAUCAAUUGCCACAAGAAUUCGUCUCCAGGGGUCCUUACGACUACGGUCAGCGCAGGCGGUAGCAUUACUUUUCAGUGGCCCUCCACAUGGCCGCAUCCCUACGGUCCCAUUCUGACCUAUAUCGCUGCAUGCAAUGGCGAUUGUAGCAAAGUGGACAAAUCAACUCUUAGCUGGGUCAAGAUCGAUGCAUCUGGGAUUGACUAUACCACCCAGACUUGGGCCUCUCAGGUCUUGAUCAAUCAAGCCGGCAAAUGGACCACCAAGGUCCCGUCGUCUCUCAAGGCUGGAAACUAUGUCUUUAGACAUGAGAUUAUUGCACUGCACGGAGCUGGAACGCUCAACGGUGCGCAGAACUACCCGCAGUGCUUCAACAUCGCCGUCACCGGCUCUGGGAGCACCUCUCUUCCCACGGGGACCCUGGGCGUCAAUCUCUACAAGAAUACGGACCCUGGCAUCUACUUUAACCCUUAUGUGACUAUCACUAGUUACACCAUGCCAGGACCAAGUCUGUGGACUGGCUAG